UUUUCCUUCACAGCUUGCCAUUUUUGCUCGUCAUUGAUUCCGAAGUUGCGAUCAUGGAAAAAAAAGAACCCGACCAGGGAGGAUACCUCCUUCCUGUUCUAGUUUGCUGUAUGUUAUUGGCUUGUGCAGGACUUGUGUUCGCUGUUUACACUCACAGAGAACUUUCCUUGCUCAAAACGCAAAUCCGUGAACAUGAGGAGACUAUCCAGACAUUACAGCUUUGUAAAAGUGCUCGCGACAAUCAGGGAUCAGAAGCAGUUCGGAUCCGGAAGAACGCUCCAGAUUCUUGCACUUGUGUUGGAGCUCCUGGUAGACGCGGCAAGAAAGGGCCACCGGGCCCCCGCGGGCCUUCCGGAGCCCCCGGUCCCAGAGGCCCCCAAGGGCCACGUGGACCCCAAGGAUAUCAGGUCCAUGAAAGCAUUCAUCUGGCUGGCAGUGGACAAAAGAUAAUCGCGUAUCGAUGUAAUCAGUAAAUUUUUUUAGUAUUUUUCUAUUUACCGUAGUAAUCGUUCGAUCAAAGCGAUAACAAUCUUAAAUUCAAUUUACUUAUUCUAAAAAAGGUAAAUUUUCCCGCGUUUUGAAACAAACUAGAAGACUUUAUUUCCAUCGGGUUCUAUUUUUUACCGCUGAUGAUACGAACUUAAAUGGGACAAUCUGUGAACUGUGAGCCACAUUUUUAUUAUUUUUCCAAACGUAUUUACAGCCUCCCGCACUAUUAUGCACUGGAAAGUGAGCCACACAGAAGGCAGCAUCGAAUAUCACCCGACCACCGGAUUCAUAAAAGUGAAGAGAAAAGGCUACUACUUCAUCUACAGUCAAAUGUACUAUUAUGAUGGCUCCACCAUGCUGAUGGGUCAUUAUACCUGCAUCAAUAACAAAAAUGUCAUGGGAAGUGCCGGGAGUGUUAUAAGUUCCUAUCGGAAGUACAACACCAAGUAUCAUGGUGGAGUUUUCUUGCUGCAGGAAAACGACACCAUAUCAGUCCGCAUACCCUACACUACACGUUACUACAUGGAUAGUGAGAGCAGUUUCUUUGGGGCGUUUUUACUUGGAGACCUAGCUCCCAGAGGAAAAAUUGACCCGCAAGGUGUAUUAGGGCCACCCGGUCCCAUCGGUCCCCCAGGGCACCAGGCGAUAUCACAACAAGGACCCGUUGGAGAGAGCAUCUACUUGGUCGGAGACGGCACAAGUCUCAGCAAUCCUUUAAGUAAUCUCAUAACCAACUGGGUUGUACGUAAUAAACUGGGCUCCAUUCACUACGACAGAGGCUUCAUUACAGUCAUCAAAGACGGACAUUACUUCAUAUACAGCCAAAUGUAUUAUCACGAUGCUCGAACCUAUGUGAUGGCUCAUCACACAUACAUCAACAAUGAACUGGUGUUGGAAAGUGUGGGAAGCACUAUUACCGACAACACGAAGUUCAAUACCAAAUACCACGGUGGAGUGUUUCUGCUCAAAACCAACGACACCAUCUCUGUUCGUAUACCGUACAUUCGACAUUACAGCAUGAAAUCUAGUGCCAGCUUCUUUGGAGCGUUCUUGCUGUAUUCUGGUGAAUCGAACUGAUUUAACUGGAGGAAAUGAUGUCCCGGAUGAUAAGAGACUUCCUCAAAGCUUUCAUUACCUCAUUAUAUAGACAUUAACAUUGCUGCUGAUUUGCGGGCGUUUUCACCGACUAUGUAAAAAGGGUCUUGUCUUUGUAUUUGUUAGAGGCUAGAUCGGCUGAACGUGGAUUGAAAUUUAUGUUCUCAGUCAAAUAAUUGCAAUGUAUAUCAGAAUACAGUCACAACUACGAUAAUGCUUACAUAA